AAAGUAAACAUAAAAAAAAUAAACCGUCGGGUCGAACGGACACACGAAACGAAUCUCGUGAAAACCUAAAAUCCACCGUUGCCGUCGCCGCGUUGUUGUCGCAGUCGCCGCUGUUUUUCGUAAAUAAUUUAAAAUAAUAAAACAACGAAAUAUUCAAUGCAAUUGUUUACACACAAGACAGAAAAAUUAAUGGGAAUUCUGUAAAAAAUAAUGGAAAUUGUAAAGCAAUAAUCGAAAGGCAGCAACUAUUGAAAGGCCCUCGAAAGUGCAAGAGUGUGUGUUCUUGUGUGUGUGUUAGUGUGUAAACAACAGUUAAUAAACAACGAAAUAGUAGAAGAAGCAGAUAAAAGCCAAGACGAAGGAGUGCUCAAGAAGGAGAAGAAAAAGACCAAACCCCGCAGCAGCCAGGCAGCGCAGUCAACGGCGACGCCGGCUUGGCAUCAUUAGUUGGCGACACGAUCAUCGUUCGCUCUCGCUCUAGCGCACACGCAUCUUGCUGCUUGCUGCUUACCUGUCAAACAGGUUUCUUUUUCUUACGUCGCGACGCGCGCGUUUACGGAGCGGUGCAUGUGUGCGUGUGUGUGUCUGCUUCUUGGAAACCUUUCAAGCGUCAGUCAGCGGCACUCUAUAGCUCUCCAGCUCUCCCGCUCUCCAGCUCUUUUGCAAUGCAGCUACGACUCUAACAACAAAAGCAAAAGCAGCAACAAGCAAGAAAAUAAGUGUGUAACGGAGAAGCAGUGUGGAGUGGCUGUAAAAAUGCUUCAAGACCAGGCCUAAAUCGUGUGUUGCAUAGUGUAUGAGAGAGUGCAUUUGGUUUUGUUGGUUUUUUCUUGAUUUCUCCCCUCGAUUUUGUGUUGCAAUAUUCCCGAAAAUAUUCAAGAAACCAAAAACCAUGUCGCGCAAAAACAAAAGCUAAAAGAGAGUGUGUGAGAGAGAGGGGAGUGGUAACUGCCGUUACCCUAAGGAAUAGCGGAAGGCAGUGGAAUAGGAGCUGCUUGGAGUGCGAGUUAAUAGCAAAAACAAAGUGCAAGAAAAGCAACAAAAACCCAGUGCAAUCGCAAACUGCGAAUACGAACAACAAGAACAAAACGAAGAAGGAUAGCACAUCUCACAUCUCAUCUCACCCGAAAAACCAAGCGCAACAACAGCAAUGAGGAGAGCAGCAAUAGAAACCGAAAGAGGGACGACGGAGAUGGCAGCAACAACAACGACCCGAAACAGCAAUGGAAGAAGAGGAGGGUGGAGAAGUGGAACAGCGCUAACUGUUUGUCACUUUUUCUUGAUCGCUCUCUUAGCGUUGAGCUCCACGAUCGUUGCGGACGAGUCCAUCGACACGCGUGAGAAUGCGGAUCUGACGCUCAAGUGCCGCUUCACGGACAAAUACGAAUCGAAUGAUUUCUCAUUCUUUUGGACACGCUGGACAGCGAAUCCUGCACAAUUUGAUAAUGUGGCCAUCGGUGAAGUUCAAUUGAGUUCCGGCUAUAGACUCGACUUUCAACCGGAGCGCGGCAUCUACGAUCUGCAGAUCAAGAAUGUCUCCUACAGUCGCGAUAAUGGACGCUUCGAGUGCCGCAUCAAGGCCAAGGGCACCGGCGCGGAUGUCCAUCAGGAGUUCCACAACCUCACGGUGCUCACACCGCCACACCCGCCUGUGAUCUCACCCGGCAACAUUGCCGUGGCCACCGAGGACAAGCCCAUGGAGCUGACAUGCAGCAGCAUUGGUGGCUCCCCCGAUCCCACCAUCACUUGGUAUCGCGAGGGUUCCAACUCUCCCCUGCCCGCCACAGUGCUGCGCGGCGGCACCAAGGAUCAGCCCACAAAUGCCACACUGACGGUCACCCCACGGCGUGAGGAUGAUGGCGCCAAGUACAAGUGUGUCGUCAGGAAUCGUGCCAUGAACGAAGGCAAACGAUUGGAGUCCACCGCUACAUUGAAUGUUAACUACUAUCCCCGAGUGGAGGUUGGACCGGAGAAUCCGCUGCGCGUGGAACGUGACCGCACUGCCAAGUUGGAGUGUAAUGUCGAUGCAAAGCCAAAAGUGCCAAAUGUUCGGUGGACACGCAACGGGCGCUUCAUUAGCUCCUCGCUGGUACACACGAUCCACCGGGUGAGUGUCCAGGAUGCUGGCAAGUACACGUGCAGCGCGGACAAUGGACUGGGCAAGACGGGCGAGCAGGAGCUCAUCUUGGACAUACUCUAUCCCCCCACGGUGGUCAUUGAGUCGAAGACGCGCGAGGCGGAGGAGGGAGAAACGGUGACGAUACGCUGCAAUGUCACCUCGAAUCCCUCACCCGUCACCAUCGAGUGGCUGAAGGAGGGAGCUCCAGACUUUCGCUACAACGGGGACAUCUUGACACUCGCUUCGGUGCGCGCGGAACAUGCCGGGAACUACAUUUGUCGGGCGGUCAACAUAAUGCACAGCCAGGGACAGGAGCGCAGCGAGCGGAUAGGCAACUCCACAGUGGCGCUGCUCGUCCGACAUCGCCCCGGACAGGCGUACAUUACACCCAACAAGCCAGUGGUCCAUGUGGGCAACGGAGUGACACUCACCUGCUCAGCCAAUCCCCCGGGCUGGCCCGUGCCGCAGUAUCGCUGGUUCCGCGACAUGGAUGGGGAGUUCUCGAGCACCCAGAAGAUCCUCGCUCAGGGACCGCAGUACUCCAUACCCAAGGCGCAUCUCGGGAACGAGGGCAAGUAUCAUUGUCAUGCGGUGAAUGAGCUGGGCAUUGGCAUGAUGGCCACCAUUGUGCUGGAGAUCCAUCAGCCGCCACAGUUCUUGGCCAAGUUGCAGCAACACAUGACAAGGCGCGUAGGCGACACGGACUACACGGUGACAUGCAGUGCCAAGGGCAAGCCAGCGCCCAGUGUCAAGUGGCUGAAGGAUGAUGUGGAAAUUAUACCCGAGGUGAACCUGUACGAGGUGCAAACGAAUCCCGAUCAGGGCCUCAAUGGCAUGGUCACAGUGCAGAGCCAGUUGAAGUUUAGGGGCAAGGCCCGCCCGAAUGGCAACGACUUGGUGCCCGGAGAUCGGGGCCAGUACACGUGCCUCUACCAGAAUGAGGUGAACUCUGCCAACUCCUCCAUGCAGCUGCGUAUCGAACAUGAGCCCAUUGUCCUGCACCAGUACAACAAGGUGGCAUUUGACAUAAGGGAAACGGCGGAGGUUGUGUGCAAGGUGCAGGCAUACCCAAAGCCGGAGUUCGUCUGGCUCUAUGGCAACAAUCAGUCCCCGUUGACCAUGUCCUCGGAGGGGCACUACGAGAUUAGCACGACAUCCGAUAAGAAUGAUAUCUACACGUCAGUGCUGCGCAUCAAUUCGUUGACCCACUCGGACUACGGGGAGUACACGUGCCGCGUGGCAAACAGCUUGAACACGAUACGUGCCCCAAUCCGGUUGCAGCAGAAGGGACCCCCGGAGAAGCCCACGAAUCUGCGUGCCAUGGAUGUGGGUCACAAUUACGUGUCCUUGAGCUGGGAUCCCGGCUUCGAUGGAGGCUUGAGCAAGACGAAGUUCUUUGUCAGUUAUCGCCGUGUGGCCAUGCCACGGGAGGAGCAACUGAUACCCGAUUGCGCCACAUUGGCCAACUCCAACUCGGAUUGGGUGGAGGUGGACUGCCAGCGGGACAUACCCUGCAAGGUGACAUCCCUCGAGCAGCAUCAGAGUUAUGCCUUCAAGGUGAAGGCACUGAAUCCAAAGAGCGGCUCGCCCUACUCCAAUGAGAUUCUCGUGACGACAAAAGUGAGUCGCAUUCCCCCACCGCUGCAGGUGACCUACGAGCCGAGCAGUCGCACUUUGGGCAUCGAUGUGGGUGCCACAUGCCUCUCCCUGGUGGCCAUUGUGGAGACCAUGGUGCAUGGGAACACGCCUCGCGCUGCCUGGGAAGUGGUGGACACGGUGGACAAUCUGCAACUGUCUGGCAAUGGACCCACGCACAAGGAGAAGAUCAUUGACCGACUGCUGGGCACUCGACGCAUUGGCGGAGGUCGUGCCUUGGGGCACACCAUCAGCGAGGAUGAGGACGAUGCGGGACUGAACACUUUGGCCCUCGAGGAUGACAACAACAGUCCGACGGUGCGCGUGAAGCUCUGUCUGCGCAAUAAUCUGGAACAUUGUGGCGACUACACGGAUGCGGAGAUUGGACGUCCCUACAUUGCGGAGGCUAGUGCUUUGGCCACGCCCACACUGAUUGCUAUAAUCGUCUCGUGCAUUGUGUUUGCUUUGUUUGCCGGCCUGCUGCUCAUGUUCUGCCGCUGCAAGCGGAAUCAAUCGAAGAAGAGCGCCGCCGCCAAGGACUAUGAAAUGGACUCGGUGCGUCCCUCCAUCGUUGCCGCCCAGCAGAGUCAGGCACCGCCGCCCUACUACCCCGCCAGCGGACUGGACAACAAGGCCCUCGAGCACUCGAUGGACUUGGCCCUCAGCCUGGAGGAGCAGAAGACGGCGCUGUAUGCCACACAGAAUGGCUACAGCUAUCACCCGGGCAGCGGUGUCGUUGGCGUCGGCAUGGGUGGCGGCGUCGGUGGCAUUGGGGGCAUUGGUGGCAGUGUCGUCAGCGGCAUGGGUGUCGGCGGCAUGGGCGGUGUGGGUGGCGUUGGCGGUGGCGGUGGCGUCGGCAGCGUUGGCGGCAUCGGUGGCAGUGGCGUCGGUGUGAAUGGAAUACCCGGUCUCCAAGGACACACAAUGCCAGGAAAUGAAUGGGUCAACAUGGGCUACAUGGAGAACAACUACUCGAAUUCGAACAACGGCGGCAGUGUCAACUCCCAGGACUCGUUGUGGCAGGUGAAGAUGUCCGCGGCAGCGGUGGGCAAUCAGCAGAGCAUGGUGCAGGCACCGCUCAAUCAAUAUGUGGAACAGCAGCCCACCUACGGCUACGACCCACUGACCCAUGGCGGCUAUGGCGCCGUCGAUGACUACGCACCAUAUCCACACUUGACGGCCACACCCAGCCAGGUGGGCGAUGAGUAUCACAAUUUGAGGAACAGCCAGAAUCCGUCCCGACAGGACUACUGCAGCGAUCCCUAUGCAUCCGUGCAGAAGCCCAAGAAGCGUGUUGAUCAGCAUUUAGAUUCACCAUAUCACGACGUAAGCGGCCUGCCGAAUCCGUACAAUAUGGAGCAUAUGGAACAGGAUGAGGUCCUGCCACCACAACAGCAGCACAUGUCCCUCAGCUACGACGACAGCUUCGAGGGCGAAUACUCGACAACGCCGAAUGCCAGGAAUCGUCGCGUCAUACGCGAAAUAAUUGUCUAGAAACAAAACGAAACGCAACGGCAACAAACAAAUUCAGCACUCAAUAUAUUAUCUAUCCAACUAUAUAACUCUCUCACCCACAACACACACCACACACACACACACACAUCGAAUCUACAUCCACACAAACAACAUUCAUCAUCAUCGAAAAAGAGUCUUUAAUGUUUUUAAUAUUAUUUCUUGAACCUUCUGAACUCAAAUUCUAAUUUGAAAAGUGGCCAUUUUUUGAAUACUUUUUUUAUAAUUUAAAAUAUACAUAAAUAUAUAUGUUUUAUGUAGGCUUAGUUGAGGGAUACGACGGCGAGCGUGUGUUGAGUUUUAUUGGCAACGAAUGAUAUACAUAUAAAUACCAUACCAUAUGGGGUUUCCCCCUAGCAGCUACAAAAUGAUGGAUAGGCAUAGGCAUAAGCAUUAAGCAUUAAGCAGAAUACAGAUACAGAUACAGAUACAGAUACACACAGUUACAGCUACAAUUGCAGACACCUAUUCUCACACAAACAUCACCCCACUGGACGAGCACUUAAUGUUACACGAUCGAUCGAACAGGUAGCAGUUAUAGAUCUAAAUAAAAUAGUAGUUAAUAGGUAACACAGUCUAUGAUCUAGGUCCCAGUUUUGCGUGCAAGUGGUACAACUUUAAGGCAUCCAAUGUUGAAAUGAGUAAGGAAAUUUCAAAGAAAACUUAAGUAAAAAUCUCACACACAAACAACCUAGGCUUAGGGAUCCAUUACGGACUAGAUCGUAAAUUAAAUCCAUUAAGUGAUUCGCAUUGGCUCUGUGCUUUCUUCUCACAGAUACUCUCCAACAAAAGCAAGAAAACAAAAAGUAUAUUUAAACAGUACGACCUGCCACAAAAAACAA